AAGCGUUAGGAUGCUAGCAAUAGUACUACUGUGCGGGAUCUUUAUCUCGCUCUAUUCUUCGGCUGACGCUCGUGCCGUUGAUGAUGAUGAAGUUUACCAAAAUUUAAGUAUUCUAAGAUAUGUUCUUGGCCAAGAAGCUGGACGUGUUAAAUGUCAAAAUAAAUGUUGCUACAGAACAACGUAUUGCUGUGAAGGUGGUAAAUGUUGUUCCCAUCUUUUCCACGGAGCACGCAGAGUAACCGAACCAGUAGAGUGUUAAAAAGAUAUUCUAAGCAGAAACAUUGGAUUGCAUCAACAAAAUGUUGUCUUAAGACUGAUCCACCUCACGAAUGUUCUCUUAAGACUGAUACACCACGUAAAUGAGCAAAUAUAUGUGAGAGUACUACUAUCAACAAUAAUUGUUUUCAACAAUAUUACAUGUAAUAUUAUACUGUGUUUGCCAUACUUUGAAAGUAUAUGUAUAUAAAGAAAUGUAUAUAAUAAAUAUAUUUAAAAAAUCGAAACUA